AUGGCCCGGAAACCUAUUCCGCUGGGUGCCCCUCCUCCGAACCCACCUCACACGCUGGACGUUGGCAUCACACGGACGCACAGCGGGGCGGGGAGUACCCUACCCCAGGACCGUACGGGGUCCAGCUCCGUUCCUCCACCCCAGCCUCAUGCGUCCGAGGCGAUUGAGCAGGCCGGUCCAGGGCCAAGCAGCCUGCCCCCGUCUCCCGGCAAUUCGUCAGACUCCCAGGAGGCCGACACCUCCACCCAGGUCCCUGUCCUGCCCGGCGAGGCGCCUCAGAAACGCCCCCGCACCGUGUUACCCCCGCCGAGGGCCGCCCUGCCAGAGCCCAUCCCACCCAGCGAGCUCCUGUUUCCCGACCGCACCAGCGGCCCGGUGCACCCCCCCAACUCGGCGGGGCACUUCCAGUAUGAGGUGGGGGAGAACCUGACCGCUCGCUUCAAGAUCAUGCGCAAGUUCGGGGAGGGCACCUUUGGCCAGGUGCUGGAGUGCUGGGACCGGCGACGUGGUGAGUAUGUGGCCCUCAAGGUCAUCCGCUGUGUCCAGAAGUACCGAGACGCUGCCAUGGUGGAGCUCAGGGUCUUGCGCACCAUCCUGGAGCACGACCCGGGCGGGCGGUGGCAUUGCGUGCGCCUGCUGGACUGGUUCGACUACCGGGGCCACGUGGUAAUGGUGUUUGAGCGCCUGGGUCCCUCCCUCUACGACUACCUGCGGAAGAACGACUACGCGGCCUUCCCCCUGGAUCUGGUGCGUGACACCGCGCGGCAGCUGCUGGAGGCCCUGGCCUUCCUGCACUCGCUGGGCCUGGUGCACACCGACCUGAAGCCCGAGAACGUGCUGCAGCGCGGCGUGGAGGUGGUGCGCGCCUCCUGGCCAUCCGGCAGCCGCCUGGCGCGGCGCCUGCCCGCCACCCACGCGCUGUGCCUGGUGGACUUUGGGUCGGCGGCCUGGGACGCCGACGCACACGCGCACGUGGUCAGCACGCGUCACUACCGCGCGCCCGAGGUGGUGCUGGGCGCGGGGUGGAGCUGGCCCGCCGACCUCUGGUCUCUGGGCUGCAUGGUGGUGGAGAUGCUGACGGGGGACGCGCUGUUCGCGACGCACGAGAACGCGGAGCACCUGGCCAUGAUGCAGGCCGCGCUGGGCACGCUGCCACGCCGCCUGGUGGAGGCUGGCCGGGCGCCGGAUGUCGCGCGCCUGUUUAAGAGCUCCGUGCUCGACUGGCCGGCGGUGGCGAGCAGCAAGAAGUCCGUCAAGGCGGUGAGCCGCACGCGGUCUCUCAGGACACUGCUGGUCAGCCGGGGGGACUCGAGCAUGCAGCCCCACCUGGAGAUCGUCCUUGAUCUGGUGCAGAGGUUGCUGGCCUUCCAACCCGACGAGCGCGGGUCCGCGGCGUCCCUGCUCCGACACCCCUUCUUCUCGCUCCGACUCUGA